AUGGCCAGGCGAAAGAAGAGGGCGGUGCUCGCAGGCUCAGGACCUGAAGUAUUGCUACUGGGCGAGGCCAACUUUUCUUUUGCCCUGGCCUUGCUGGCUUUGAUCUUUCCGACGAAGCCGAACGAGUUCGAAGAAGAAGCCGAGCGGACUUACCAGGAGAGGCUGCGGGUGGCCUCUGCCUACCUGCAGCUGCCGCCAGAGGCAUGCCGAAACUUACGGCUCACUGCAACCUGCUACGAGAGCUACGCCGAGCUUGUGGACAAGUACCCGGAAACAGUUGGCAUUCUGUCGAGAAUUCGAGCAUUCGGAGAAGCAGCAGAAGUGCGAUUUGCUGUGGAUGCCUUGCAGCUCGAAAGCUGGCAGAGGAAAUGGGACGUCGUGGCUUGGAACCAUCCACAUCUUGGCACAGAGGACCUGAAACUGCAUGGAUGCCUGUUGGCACAUUUUCUGGACGGGGCAGCCAAAUCUCUGCGACCAAACGGGGUCGUUGUACUCGCUCUGUUGGAGGGUCAAGAGAGGAGGUGGCAACUUCUCAAACAUGCGCAGGCACAAAGAUUUGAUCUUGCUGAGAGCCCCUUUGAACUUACGGCUUUCGCAGGCUACGAAUGCAAGAGGAACAGCACUGGAAAGUCUUUCCAAAGCUUGCAUGUACAGAAAACCGCAAGAGCAGCAGUGCGAAGUCGGCUGUACCAUUUGCGGUGGAAUGUGGCGGGCCAGGGCGAUGUCGCCGCGUUCGAUGCGAUGGAAGUCCACGAGCUUCUGAAAUAUGCAGAUCGCUCCGAGUCUCUCAAGUGCGAGAGCUGCGGCAGAGCUUUUCGGGACUCGGAGGCAUUGACCCAGCACAGGCAGAAGCCAUGGCUUUGGCCUUGGCUUCAGAACUUGCGAGAUUUGCGGCAUGUCUAUGCCUCUUGGUCUUUCAACGAGCGCCGAGCACUGGAGCAGCACCAACGGUUCUUGGCAGCAGAGGCCGCGCCUGAUGCUUGCAGAGGUUUGGAGACUUUGCAGUGCUGCACGUUGUCCUUCGUGGAGGCUCUGCUGGACUUUGCCAAAGCCCUCACAGAGUGCAAGGCCUGCCGUGGGUUGGACAGGUGCUACACCACGGGACUUUGGUUCGGGUACAGUGUCGAUGUGACAUGGCCGAAUGCACAUGCCAACUGUUUGACCUCAGCGCACAUUGCAACACCGGAUAGCGGAGCGGAAAUCCGCUUUGCAAGCGCGACCUUUCGCGAGCCCAUACAUGCCAUGGCUGCAGGUGCGGCUACCGAGAGCCGCUAUGGCAUCCCACGCUUCAAUCGAGAAUCUGCUGCCCAGCAUUUUCGCAAAGCCAAAAAGGCCCUGAAGAUCUCCCAGCAGCUUGGCUUGAGCAAGCUUGAUGCUGAAGGUGGCCUCGGCGACUUGAUAGAGAAGCUCACCACGGAAUUGAGGACGCUCCCUACAGCGACGAACUACGCCUACUUCAGCGAGCCGGACGUGGGCACCUACGCUGAGGAGCGCUUGAUGCACGUGGCCUUCUUGUCAGAAGGCGACUCAAAGCUGAUUCAGUCUGAGCAAGAUGCCUACUUCGCGAGAAAAGCUGAUCAAAGCAAGGGCCACGGCGGCUUCGCGAAGAACAACGAUCUCCCCGUUCGAGAUCAGUGGCUCGAUUUCACCGGAGAUAAGUGA